AUGGAAGUUAGGGCAGGGAAAUCGCCGCCGGGAAGCUCGCCCGACUGUUUUCAAUUAUCUGAUCAUAGCGGGGAGCUCCAAGGACUGAAGCUUGGAAACCUCAGUCCCUUACGACUCUGCCCGAAGCUGAUCGGUGCCGCCCCAGCCUUCGUGUUGCAGCAGAGAGGGAUGAGAAGCGCCGAAUCCAAGGGUGCAAGGUGUAGGGAGUGCUGA